AUGUGGCACAGCAGAGCGAUGGCAUCAGCCACAGCCUUGCUAGCCUCAGCCUCUCUUGCCGCUUCUGGUCGUCGUCGCCGUUUGCUCAAAUGGGCCAGGCGCGACCCUUGCCGCUUGUUCACGGAUCCGGACAGGGAAGAGCCGCACGGGGAAAUAAAUGACCGAUCUCCGCCCGCCCCUCUUCUUGGAAGUUUUGUCGUGUUUGCAUUCACCUCUCUCUUCUUCACCCACUACCACCACCACCACCACCACCACCACCACCAAUAA